AUGGCAACUCAAGAGUUGGCCUCCAAGGAGCGCUCGCUUUUCGCUCAAGUGGUGAAGAACUAUGAGAAUAAGCAAUACAAGAAGGGUCUCAAAGCAGCGGAGCAGAUCCUUCGCAAGAAGCCAGAUCAUGGGGAUACCAUUGCCAUGAAGGCUCUUAUCAUCAACGGGCAGGGCAACUCCGAGGAAGCAUUUGGUCUUGCAAAGACCGCUUUACAGAAGUCUUCCAUGAAAUCUCACAUCUGCUGGCAUGUGUAUGGUUUGCUUUAUCGGUCAAAUAAGAAUUUUGAAGAAGCUAUCAAAGCAUAUAAAUUCGCUUUAAAGCUCGAACCAGACUCCCAUCAAAUCCAGAAGGAUCUGGCUUUGCUCCAAAUGCAAAUGCGGGACCACAUGGGAUAUGUACAAAGUCGAAGAGCUAUAUUGCAAAAUAAGACAAUGUGGCGGCAGAAUUGGACAGCUUUAGCCGUGGCUCAGCACCUUGAUGGGGAUCUUUGGGGUGCUGAAAGGACGCUGUCCACAUAUGAGGAGACGCUGCGCUCUUCACCUCCUAGAUCUGACCUAGAGCAUGCAGAGGCAGUCUUGUACAAGAAUACGAUCAUUGCGGAGAUGGGGGAUCUUGAACGAGCUCUGAAUCAUCUGGAUCAAGCAGCAAAAGACAAUCCAGACAGAGGGUGGGUGAUGGAGAGACGAGCACAAUAUCUCCUUCAGCUCGGCAGGAAAGAAGAAGCAGGGAAGACCUAUCAAGACCUGCUAGAUCGUAAUUCAGAGUAUCGAGCGUAUUAUGAUGGCCUAGCCGCGGCGAAGGGACUAAGUAAGGCUGAUACUCAAGAGUUGAAGGCGUUGUAUGAUGGCUAUGCUUCUGAAAAUCCGAGAGGCGACGCUGCUAGACGAAUUCCUCUGGACUUCCUCGAUGGAGAUGACUUCCGAGAGGCAGCAGAUCAAUACUUGCAACGCAUGCUCCACAGAGGCGUUCCAUCUACUUUUGCGAACAUCAAAGCUCUGUACACCUCUCCCGACAAGUGCUCUACCAUACAAGCUCUCGUUGAGGGGUACAUUUCUGGAGAGGGUUUACCUCAAACAAACGGUACUGCUGAGAAUCAGGUGAAUGAUGAGACAGAUCGUAUGAUUCCUUCGGCCCACUAUUUCCUCGCUAAACACUAUAAUUAUCAUCUAAGCCGGAAUCUCGAUAAGGCGAUGCAGCAUAUUGAAGAAGCAAUCAAGACUGCUGCGGAGUCAGUCGACUAUCACCAAACUAAGGCGAGGAUAUGGAAGCACUAUGGUAAUUUUUCGAAAGCUUCGGAGACUAUGGAAUACGCCAGGUCACUUGAUACCCGAGAUCGAUAUAUUAACACUAAAGCGGCCAAGUAUCAGCUGCGGAAUAACGAGACUGAUGCCGCUGUCCAAAACAUGAGUAAAUUUACCCGCAAUGAGGCGGUAGGUGGUCCUGUAGGCGACCUUCAUGACAUGCAGUGUCAGUGGUUCAUAUACGAAGACGCAAUGUCUCACUUGAGACAAGGAAAACUGGGUCUUGCGCUGAAGCGAUUUCAAGCUAUCUAUAAUAUUUUCGACAUAUGGCAGGAUGAUCAGUUCGAUUUUCACAGCUUCUCUUUACGAAAAGGCCAAAUACGGGCAUACGUUGACAUGAUAAGAUGGGAGGACCAUCUGCGAGCUCAUCCCUUCUUUGCCCGUGCGGCUCUCGCUGCUGCGAAUGUAUACAUUAGGCUUCAUGACCAGCCGAAACUAGCUUUGAACACUCUCACCAACGGCAUUAACGGAGAACACAUGGAUGCUGCAGAGCGGAAGAAGGCGAGGAAGAAGGCAAAGAAGGAGCAGGAAAAAGCCGCUGAAGCCAACAAGAAAGAUGGGCAGAAGAAACCUGCUUUGGAUCAGAAUGGCGACCUAAAGAAAGAGGACAAAGACCCGAAUGGUGAUCAACUUCUGCAAACUUCUGACUCUUUAGGUGACGCGAUGAAGUUCAUUAAUCCUCUACUAGAGUAUAGUUCAGAAAAUCUGGAGGUUCAGCAGACCGCUUUCCAAGUGUUCUUGCGCCGUCACCGCUUGACGCCGGCUCUCCGCUCGUUACAGGCCGCCUACAACAUUGCGCCGUCUCACCCCCUGAAUCACCACCAUAAGAUCUCGCUCCGCUACGCGGUCAACCAAAGGCAAGACAAGCCAAACCUCUCACGGAAGGCUUUUGACGUUCUUGAAGACGAAUUGUCGACCUUGAUUUCGAAGAAUGCCGACCUCUUUGAAAUGAACGAUAAGUUCAUCCAGGAAAACCAUGACAGCGCUCCUCAUGUGCAGGUCGGCCUGCAGGUGAAAGUCGAGAUCAAUGAGCCUACAAGAAAGGAGAAGUGCUCUCAAGACAUGAUCCGAACUUUGGCACUGGAGACGAGUACUCUCGAGGAUGCAACACGAGGGUUAGACAUCUUGCGAGGGUGGAAGGCUGACCAAAAGUACAUUGACGAUUAUAUAGCAGCAGCAAAUGCUAGAUACCCCCAGGCCAGUGCUUUCAGAACAUAG